UUGAUCCACACAAGUCAAAACGUUUCACAUGAGACCUGCCUCCUGGACCAGGUUCUGGAGCUGAUUAUGAACGAGAAGCCCCAGUCCACCAGCGCAAAUUUUUUCCUCAACAAGGACACGGAUAAAACCCCCGUCCCCGAACGAGUAGAUCUGAAGAGGCGAAUUUGUGCGGCCAUGGAGAGCAGAGCGAGCAUCACAAAGGAGAAAAUAAGCUCCAUAAACAAGCAGAGCAUCAAAGGGUUCCUCAAAAGAAACCUUUUUGUUUUAUUCACCAUUGCUGCUGUGGCUCUGGGCAUCAUCCUGGGAUUCGCUCUGCGCUCCCACAAAUUGUCCCUGAGGGAGAUCAAGUAUUUCUCCUUUCCUGGGGAGCUGCUGAUGAGGAUGCUUAAGAUGUUGGUGCUGCCACUCAUCGUCUCCAGCCUGGUUACAGGAAUGUCUUCCUUGGACAGCAAAGCAUCAGGUAAAAUGGGCGCACGCGCUGUGGUCUACUAUAUGGUGACCACCCUGAUUGCCGUCUUCAUUGGCAUCGUCAUUGUGAUCAUCAUCAAGCCCGGUAAAGGCAGCAGGGACAGACCCAUGGCCCAAAACAGAAACGUAGAACUGGUCCAGGCUACAGAUGCUUUCCUGGAUCUCAUCAGGAACAUGUUUCCACCCAAUCUUGUCGAAGCCUGUUUCAAGCAGUACAAAACCAUGUACAAGAGGAUUGUGCAAACAAGAAACGUGACUGUGAGCCUGAACCUCACUGACAAUGCGAUCAAUGUGACGGACGCCAACGUGAACCUCAGCAGGGUGCUGCACACCAUCCAGGAGACGUUGGAGGAAACGGUACCCGUGUCGGGCUCCUCUGAUGGCGUCAACGCUCUGGGUUUGGUCUGCUUCUCCAUGUGCUUGGGUCUGGUCAUCGGCAACAUGAAGCAGAAGGGUCAGGCCCUCAGGGACUUCUUUGACUGCCUCAACGAAGCCAUCAUGAGGCUGGUGGCUGUAAUCAUCUGGUAUGCCCCGGUUGGGAUCCUCUUCCUGAUUGCGGGCAAGAUUGUGGAGAUGAAGGAUCUGGCGGAGAUGGGAGGCCAGCUGGCGAUGUACACUGUGUCGGUCAUCGUGGGGCUCCUCAUCCACGGCCUCUUCGUCCUGCCACUGCUCUACUUCCUGGUCACCAGGAAGAACCCAUACAGCUUCAUCGGAGGCCUGCUGCAGGCGCUCAUCACAGCUCUGGGAACCUCCUCCAGCUCUGCUACUUUGCCCAUCACUUUCCGCUGCUUGGAGGAGAAUAACCGGGUGGACAAAAGGGUGACGCGUUUCGUCCUCCCCGUGGGCGCCACCAUCAACAUGGACGGCACCGCCCUCUAUGAAGCUGUGGCGGCCAUUUUUAUCGCCCAAGUCAACGACAUGGACCUGAACUUUGGGCAGAUUCUCACCAUCAGUAUCACGGCAACCGCUGCCAGCAUAGGAGCCGCAGGCAUCCCUCAGGCUGGCCUAGUUACCAUGGUGAUUGUAUUGACAUCGGUGGGACUGCCUACAGAGGACAUAACACUCAUCAUCGCCGUGGAUUGGUUCCUGGACCGCUUGCGUACCACCACCAACGUGCUGGGUGACUCCCUCGGGGCGGGCAUCUUGGAGCACCUCUCUCGGAGCGAGCUGCAGAGUCGGGACAACGAGGUGCGCAACUCCGUCAUCGAAGAGAACGAAAAGCCAUACCAGUUGAUCUGCCAGGGCAGCAACAUCGUGCACAACCACAACCACAACAACGAGACCACAAUGUGACCACUGAAAGCUACAAUACAUGCGGUAAUGCUUCAAUGUGUGCCGGGUGGAGGUGUUUUUAGAUGGAAAAUUAUGUAGGCCGCAUAUGAUUCCAAUUACUCACCAAAUAGCAAUGUGAUAAUCAUCACAGAUGACAAAUAAGCUAUGUGAUGCACUACAAAACUGAAGUAGAAUUAUAAGUAUCUAGCUGGCAGGUGUAGAACCCUCGGAUUUUUGCCGUGAUGUCAGACGCUGUAUGUUUGGGAAUCAUGGCGAGGUAAAAAUAUGCCGUUUUUUCGGCAUCUCGGUGGCGGGGUGCCCCACUGCCACCAAAGCAGAGAAAGGACGGGGAGAGGGGGAAGGGGCCAAAGUCACACGCAUGAAGCACAAGCACACAAAAUAUUAGUAAGAGGGCGACACUGAAAAGACAAAAUUAGAUCAUAAAGUUAUAAGAUUGAAGUCACAACACGAUGAAAAAAGUUGGCAAAUAGAAGUUGUAAUGUUACGCGACAGGAAAUUGUACUAAUUGCAAGAAAAAUGUGUCCAAACUGUUGUAGAUGUGCCAAAACAUUAACAAUGGUUUUGUUUAUGAAAUGUAUAAAGUAUUGUAGUG